AUGCGUUACCAACUUACAAAUUUGAUGGGGAACGUUUUUAAUUUUUUAACAAAUAAUUCAAAGAUAAUAAAGAGUAAUCCUCAUUUAAGAGACGUUAAGAAGAAAAUGUUGGACAUGAACUCUAAUUUACUUAUACCGAAUAAUUUAGAUAAAUUUGAUUUAUCAUCUUGCUUUAGCAUAUUGCGAGGUUUAACUCAAGAGGAACCGAUAAAUGGCUGGUGGGAAGAAUAUUCUAUAGGUCGAAACGAUAAUUCAUUAGCUGCUAAUUUUAAUCGAUUACGGUUAAUACGUAAUGUAAAUUUUGGUCAUUUAGUUGCAUUUAAGUUGAAUGACGGUGAUUAUGAUUAUUAUAAAAAUAAACUAAAACAAAUAAUUAUCGAUCUAUGUGAUAAUCAAAAUAUGAAGCAAGAUUAUGCGACGAAAAUUGAUUCUGUAUUAUCAUCAUCCUAUAGUGAUAAAGAAAUAUUUAAAAAAUAUAGAGAAGAAAUAAUUGAUUUAAUGAUCGAACAUAAGGAAGAUUUGAUUAAGGAGAUAAAAGAGAUUGAAGAAUUAAAUAUUAAAAACAAAAUCGGAAAUUAA